GACAAAAUGUCAGGGCACCGUGUGUGUGUGUCAGAUUUUGAGGAGGAAGCCAGAAAAGUUCUUCCUAAAGCUGUGUAUGAUUACUACUGCUCAGGAGCUGAUCAACAGCGUACUCUUGCCGACAAUGUCGCUGCCUUUAGCAGGUGGUAUCUUGCCCCUCGGAUACUACGGGAUGUGUCCAAAGUGGAUCUGUCUGUCUCUGUCCUGGGCCAGAAGCUCAGUAUGCCUGUCUGUGUUGCUGCCACAGCAAUGCAGAGGAUGGCUCAUCCUGAAGGAGAAACAGCUACAGCAAGAGCCUGCCAAACAGUGGGAACAGGGAUGAUGCUGAGCUCCUGGGCCACCUCAACUAUUGAGGAAGUGAUGUCUGCAAUGACUACACAGAAUGGUGGAGCUGUUCUGUGGCUGCAACUUUACAUCUAUAAAGACAGAGAACUGACACUUUCACUGAUAAGGCGGGCAGAGGCAGCGGGAUAUCAGGCUAUCUUUGUCACUGUGGAUACACCAUAUCUGGGGAGAAGAUGGGACGAUAUGCGCAACCGCUUUAAACUGCCUGCACAUCUAAGCAUGUCUAACUUCUCAACAGCCUCCUUGGCCUUCUCUGAGGGGGACUACGGCAAUGAUAGUGGUUUGGCUGUUUAUGUAGCAAAAGCAAUUGACCCCAGCCUCUGUUGGGAUGACAUCUCCUGGCUGAAAAAACAAACAAAUCUGCCUGUGAUUGUCAAAGGAGUAUUGACAGGUGAAGAUGCAAUCCAGGCAGUGAGCUAUGGUGUUGAUGGUGUCCUGGUAUCAAAUCAUGGAGCUCGACAACUGGAUGGAGUACCUGCCACGUUGGAUGUGUUGGAGGAAGUGGUGAAAGCAGUACAAGGUCGUUGUGAUGUCUUCCUGGAUGGGGGAGUGAGGCGGGGAACAGAUGUUUUGAAGGCUAUAGCUCUUGGAGCAAAGGCUGUCUUUAUUGGCCGUCCAGUGCUCUGGGGACUUGCCUGUCAGGGAGAACAAGGAGUAAUUCAGCUUCUAGAACUGCUUAAAGAGGAAUUGCGUCUGGCGAUGGCUUUGUCAGGCUGUCGUUCCUUAUCUGAGGUUAGCAGGUCCCGAGUAAGGAAAGUGGAGUUUACCUCAAGGAUCUGAAAAACAUCUGUUGUAGGAAACAAAAGACGAAACUAUCACAGAUCAUUUGCUUUGUGAGCUUCCUGAAAAAAUAAACAAGAAAAGUGAAUAAAAUUGGAGUGAUUAAACAAUGUAGCUUUUUAAAAAUUCAUUAUGGAAUGGUUUAGAUGUCUUAGAUCCUAUAUUUCUUCCUUUGGAGAAAGUUCUGAUAUACAUGGAAAUAGUCUUAAUGUUCCUAAGGAGCUGACAAAACCAAAUCUUCUGCGGCAUAUGAACAAACCCUGAUAGCAAAAUUAAUUCGGCUUGAAUAUGGGCCAAAUGAACUGCAAAGAUGAGGCUUGCAUUUGGGACCUGAAUGACGGCCCAAGUGUGUGACAGCUAUGUCUGAACCAUAACAAAGCCAGAACUCAGCCAGGACUACACCAAAUAAAAUAAUUGAUAUGGCUCACGGCUGGGUCUCAUAUGGAAAACCCAUAUGGUUAAGUUUUUGUGAGGCAUGUCAGUCACCUGUAUCAGUCAAAGCCAAAUGCAUUUAGUUUUAGUCACAUUUUUGUCAUUUCUCCCUUCAUAGUGUUUAGUUGACGAAAACUCAAAAACAUUUUAGUCUAGUUUUAGUUUAUAAAAAGUCCUCACAUUGUAGUCUUAGGUUUUGGUCCAAGCAUUUACUCUCUUGCUUAAAUCUGGUACCAAGUCAUGGUAGUGUGUUCUAUGCACCCAGCCAGACCUGGAGUCCACGCUUUCUACAGCUGAGAGGCAGAAUGCGUUGUAUUUUGAGAGAUUUACCCACAAUGGAGAAAUUUCAUGGA